AUGACACCAAGAACACCCAGAAAGCAUCGAUCAUAUCCUCACCAACGUCCGAUCAGAUGUACCCACCCCCAGUGCGGCAAGUACGGCCACACCACGAGCCAGUGCUGGGUCGCCCACCCGAAACUCCGACCCUAUGGCGCGACGAAUCGAGGUAGUUGUGGUGGGCUCGGUCGAGGAUGGGACGAUCUUCCCAGUGAACCGAACGACGUUGCAUAUGGUACUCCGAGCUGGGACGACGACUGGUCUGGAGACAGGGGUGCAUCCUCCCCACGCUCCCAGUCCCCCUUAUAUGCCCCAUUCCCGUUCCUCAAGCUGCCCCAGGAACUCCAGGACAAGGUCUACGAGUUCGUUUACGAGGAACAGCACGGUGUGGUGGUCUUUAUGAGUCCGCGUCUGGAAUCGUUCGAAGGAGUACAAUACUAUGAAGCCGGGCCGACAUCUGAAAUAGUGGUGCAGGGCCACGACUACGGCGGUCUCGGACUCGUCUGCAAAAAGAUGCGCGCAGAUUCUCGAAAGGCGCAACGGCGGUCAUUUAACGGUCGGAUGAGGGUCGUCUGGGACGAGGAGAACUAUGAUCGCGCGUUCUCCAAGAUCUGCGCACCGACCUGGUCGUCGCUGAGACAUCGGAUCACAGAGCUCGAUAUCAGCGGCCUGUCGGGUCGGACUGUGGACAGCGGGUUCGAUACGGUCCGCAGGAUGAUCCUGAUGUAUUUCCCGUGCCUCAGUCAGAUCACCAUCUGCUACAACGCGUACCGGUACAAAUUCGUGGAGAGAGACAACCCAUACCUCCUGACGCCCGAGUGGCUGAGAGUCAACGAGGAGACAUACCCGAAUGCAUUCGCUGCGGGUGAAAUGGACAACGAGUUCGCAUACCCCGCCGACGUGUUGGGUGUUUACGAGCUCGUGCGCUUGACGCAGCUGGCUUCGCAGCCCUGCACCAUCUUCCUGAACACCAACGUGAGAUGGCUGAAUGGUCGAGGAUGCCGCGAGUUUUCGCAGCACGUCAAGUUCCUCGUCACGGCGAAUCAGCUUGAAGCUGUCGAGAGAGGUACUGCUCUUGGUAUAUGA